AUGACUUUGAAAUGCUCUGAUUGCGGUAAGCUGCUCUCGUCCAUCGAGAUGGCAGAGUUCCAUGGCGUCAAGUCGGGUCAUGAAAACUUUGAAGAAACAGAAGAAGAGGUUCAACAGCGUUCUCCUGAAGAAAUCAAAGCAGCUAUCGAGGCAAUGAAAAAGAAGGCAGAAGAGAAGAAGAAGCAACAGAAAGCUCUGGAACAGGAGGAAAAUAAAAAGAACUUUAGAAUUCUUCAAAAGUCUAACGAUGAAACCGCUGAAGCCAAGCGACAACUCCAAAAUCAAACACGUCUCCGUGAGUUUCAAAAGAUGCGCCAACAAAAACUUGAAGAUCAAGAACAACGAAAAAAGAUUUUGGCCGAAAUUGAGGCGGAUAAAAAGAAACGUGCUGCUGCUACUUCGUCAGCUACGAAAACCGCUUCCUCUACUGAUGCCCCUGCUACGGAAAAGCCGUCAACUUCAGCUUCCCCUUCUACCUCUGCUACUACGAAAGCCGCUUCUCGUGGUCCUCCUUCUUCGGGUCGUUUCUCCAUUCGCCAUCAAGGGCAAGUGUGUAAUCUUGUCAUACCGGCAGAGCAGACUUUACAAGAUGUCGCGCAACAAGUUUCUGAGAAACUUCACGUGCCUAUACCUUCUGCAUUUACGACAACAUUUCCUCGCGCAACCUACAAAGCUGAUGUUUUUGAACGUCCCAUUUCCCAGUUAAAAGACAUCUUUCCUUCUGCCGUACUACUACCAAGUUGGCAAUAA